AUGGCUGCCAGAACCCUGCGAAUAGGUCUUAUCCCCGGAGACGGCAUUGGGAGGGAGGUGAUCCCGGCUGGCCGCAAACUUCUCGAGUCUCUGCCGGCUUCGUUGGGCCUCAAAUUCUCUUUCGUGGACCUAGAUGCCGGCUUUGACACCUUCAAGCAGACCGGCACCGCUCUGCCCGAUAAGACGGUGGAGGUGCUCAAGAAAGAAUGCGAUGGUGCAUUGUUCGGGGCGGUCAGCUCUCCAAGCACCAAAGUCGAGGGCUAUUCCUCCCCAAUCGUCGCCCUGCGCAAGCGUCUCGACCUGUACGCCAACGUCCGUCCCGUGAAGACCACUGCCGGCAACACUGCCAAUGGCGGCCCAAUUGACCUGGUCAUCGUCCGCGAGAACACCGAGGACUUGUACGUGAAAGAUGAAAAGACAUUCGAGGGCCCCAAUGGCAGGGUCGCCGAGGCCAUCAAGCGCAUCUCCGAGCGUGCCUCUUCCCGCAUCGCCACCAUGGCCGGUGAAAUUGCCCUGCGACGACAAAAGAUUCGUGACGUAUCCCCCGGGACGUCUCACAUCUCGAACCCGAUGGUCACAAUCACCCACAAGUCCAACGUCCUGUCCCAGACAGACGGACUUUUCCGGGAAGCCGCUCGACAGGCCCUUUCCAACCCCAAGUACCAGUCUGUUCAGAUCGAGGAGCAGAUUGUCGACUCGAUGGUUUACAAGCUCUUCCGCCAGCCUGGCUACUACGAUGUCGUCGUGGCCCCCAACCUAUACGGCGAUAUCCUCUCUGACGGCGCUGCUGCCCUUGUCGGCAGUCUGGGACUUGUGCCAAGUGCCAAUGUUGGCGACGGAUUCGCCAUUGGUGAACCGUGCCACGGCAGUGCACCUGAUAUCGAGGGCAAGGGCAUUGCUAACCCGAUUGCAACUCUUCGCAGUGUGGCGCUCAUGCUCGAGUUCCUCGGCGAAGAGCCCGCUGCCGCCAAGAUCUACGCUGCUGUUGAUGCUAACCUGGAUGAGAACAAGCUGCUGUCUCCUGAUCUCGGCGGAAAGGCCACUACUCAGCAAGUUCUUGACGAUGUUCUCAAGCGCUUGUAA